CCCACCUGUUUUAUAUGAGCUAGUCUUAAGCAGAACUUUGUUGUGUUCUGUUGUUUGUUGUGUAAUGCAUAAUUUAAGUAGGACAAUCAAUUAAAAAUAAACCUUACACUGUUCUCUCUCUCUCCCUGUGCCUAUUUUCCUACCAGUAUAUAAACAUAAUAAUUUAUAAUCUGAAUUGUAUAAAUUUGACUUGAUCUGCAUUGCAUUGAAUAAAUCUCUUACAUUAAUACGCUUACCCACAACUAUGACGGAUAAUACUGGUAAAGAGAAUGCGGAAAAUUUCUUAUCAAAAUUCCGUGAUCCUCAGACGCACCGUUUUCAUUCAGUCACUGCACUAGACUUCCUUAAGUGUUGGCAGCAUUAUGAUAAAGAUGGGAACGGAUAUUUGGAAGGCAAGGAAUUAGAUGGAUUCCUGCGUGAAUUCAUUACUAGUGUUGUACCUGGUGAAAUCGGAAGUGAAAUUGUCUCUGAAACAGCAAUGCAACAGUUAAUGACUGAAGUUAUGGAUGCAUAUGAUGAAAAUGGAGAUGGACGUAUUGAUAUAACUGAAUUGUGUCAAAUAUUACCUACUGAGGAAACAUUUCUAGCCCUAUUUCAAAUAGACACUCCUUUAUCCUCUAGUGUGGAGUUUAUGCGUGUUUGGAAGCAAUUCGAUACAGAUUUAAGUGGGUCAAUUGAUGCAAAUGAAUUAAAACAAUUCUUAAAACACUUAACAACUAAUUCAAAAGUUGAAUUAUCCGAUGAGAAGUUGAGUGAAUAUACACAGACACUCAUCAAUCUUUUUGAUCGUGAUGGAGACGGCAAGUUACAAUUGAGUGAAAUGGCAAGAUUAUUACGCGUUAAGGAGAAUUAUCUAAUAAAACCAUUAUUUAAAAAUGACAGAGGCUUAGAUGAAAGGACGAUCGAUAGAAUAUUCCGUAAAUAUGAUACAGAUGGAAAUGGUGUGCUGGAAAACGAAGAACUGAUGGGGUUUUUAAAAGAUUUACUAGAAGCGAAUGGGGAAGAAGCGAAUGAAGAAGGCUUAUGUGUCAUGAAAGAGGCUAUUUUGAAACAAUGGGAUGUUAAUAAAGAUGGCAAGAUUGGUAGACAAGAAAUUAAUGACCUCAUUAUGCAAACUCUUCAUUUACUACAAGAAAAAGAGCACAUGAAAAAAUUCAGUGAUCCAUAAUUUAUCCUAAUAGGUAAUUUUUUACCAAAUUUAUACGUGACUAAGUUUUCCCCACCUAUUCUGUUGCCCAUUAACUGCAUAUUUUGUUGUAUGGAACAAAUGUGUAUUGUGACAAACAUUAAUAUAUUCUAAUUAAUUUUCAGAAGUAUUCAUGGACAUGGAAGUUCAAUAAAUUAAUGUUUUUUUUUCUGUCUUA